ACAGGCAUUUGGGUAGGCUCCUGCCGCGGGCAAAGACCAAGAUCCAAGAUGGCGGCGCCCAUCUUGCGCGGUCUAUCGCUCCGUGUGGCUGUGGCCGGCCUGCGGCCUCCGGAACCUCUCCUCACCGUCCGGGCAUCUUACAACGCGCGACGCUUGGGUCUGGACCUCAGUGGCUUUUACUUGCCACAUGCCGGGAGCCCGGAGUGGCAGCGGGGGGCGCGGGCCCAGCGGAAACGUUACGGCCGCUGGGGUAGCGCGUCCGGCGUGUCGGCCGCCUCCCUGUGGCCAGAGGCUGCGUUGGUGGCCCAGCACCAGGCCGAGUGGGAGCCCAGCCUGCAGCAGAUGUUGAGCAACCUCCGCACCAAGGAGCUGGAGCGGGAGAAAAAGAAGCGAGAGAGGCAGAAGCUGAUUGCGGCCAACAUGGCCAAGAUGCCCAAGAUGGUUGAAGACUGGCGGAAAGAAAAACGCGAGCUGAAGAUGAAGCAGAGGGAGGAGAAGGCCAGGCGGGAGCGUCUGCUUACAGAGGCUAGGGAACGUUUUGGCUACAGCAUCGACCCCCGGAGCUCCAAGUUUCAGGAGAUGGUGAAGGAGUUGGAGAAGGAGGAGAAGAAGAAGCGUAAAUUGUUGAAAAUACGAAAGAAAGAGGAGACUUCUGGGAGUGAUGUAGCAGCAGGCACCUCUUAAACUGCUCAUUUAUAUUGCUAGGACUUGACACUGCUGAAAUUCAUUAAACUGACUGAACAGACUUAAUGAAACGUGGUGACUUUAAUGUGUUUAAAAUAUUCCAUUCUGAGUGAUCCCAGGUCAUCUAUCGAAUUUUUAUUUGCCCUCGAUCAUUAACAAGGUCACAUCUAUUGCCGGUAUACUGUGACAUUUGGAGGCUGCUGUCUUUACAUCUUCAUUUUAUUUGUAGGAGUGACUGUCAAGUGAUCUUAAACUAUUAAAGAGUUAACCAUCUAA